AUCAAUGUCACAAUAUUUCGACUAUGAUUUAUCUAUGCGUCAGCAACCCAAACAUUCCAGGAUGUGUGGUGUUGGUUCAAAAGCAGAUAGAAGACCGAUAGAUCCCCCACCGAUAGUCCAGCUUAAAGUUUAUUCUAAUCACCAAAAUUUUAAAUCUAGACAGGAUUUAUCUUUUAAUCACUUUCAAUCCCCUUACUUUUUCGUUUAUUGUUCAUUAGCUGGAGAAGAUUCUGAUGAAGAGCUGCACAUUUUGUCAGAAACUAAAACUAGAUAUACAACUGGCAACGUAACAUCUUCCAUUUAUUGUUUGAGAGAUUUGGAUUUAACCGAAGUUUUGGUCGCUGUCUUCCCUGACGUUAGCGUUAGAGUUGAAGGUAGAUUUAGACUGAAGUUUAGCUUGUUCGAAAUUCAAAACAAAACCUAUCACAGAAAAAGCUUAUUUAGUGACCCAUUCACUGUAUUCUCAGCUAAAAGAUUCCCUGGUAUGGAUCAAUCUACUGAGCUCUCACAAUGCCUCGCCAAUCAGGGUCUUAAAAUACGUAUAAGGAGAGAUAAUAGAAGAGACAGAAGAAAGUCAUCAAAAAGGUAUUUCGACGAUGAAGAAGAAGCAGGUACUUCUACUAAUCUCAAUGUACCUUCAAUCAUACCUCAACAAGCUCAACAGUUACAUAAUCACACCCAACCGGCAUCAAACUUUAAACGUCCUUUAGCGCCGCUUCCAAGUAGGAUCACGAAUAUACCUGACCAACCGCAUGAAUUCAGUCAAUCAACUCUUACUCGACCUUUACAGAGUUUUCCAUUCGAAUCAUCAUCUUUUAGAAAUUUACAAACACCAUCGAUCGUUAUACCACCUUACCAGAGUCAACGGAUACAUUCAAGCCCAGUCAUAUACACUAGAUCAGACACAAGUGCUAAUGACCGUGAAGUUCCGCCAGCUCGACCCACACUUCCUAGUAGGCAAUCAUUCACACAGCCAACUUCUGUCGCUGCCACUAUGAGCAUAUCACCACCAUCACCACAAGAUUCAGCUCCACGUAUACAACUCCCUCCAAUACGCGAUUUAAUUCAGCCACCUAGUACAUUCAAUCCUUCUAAUUUUAAGCCACCUAAUCAAAGGUAA